AGUCAUAUAAAAACACGCCCAUAACGCCAAGUUCCCCAUUUGAGCUGCCUCUGCUGCGACUUGAGCUUGCUGUCUCUCAACCAAGGAAAGCAAACCGAGAUCUCGACUUCAAAAAUCAUUUAAUCAAGGCUCUAUAAUGAAUCCUGAAGAUGAAGAAUGGGAGAACUGGAAAAUCACCUACAAGAAAAAGUACAAUAGUCCGGAGGAGGAGUCUAUUCGUCGAGCCGCUUGGGAGAAGACCAAGAUCUUUGUUAAGGCCCAUAACCGGAAGUAUGAACAGGGGUUAACCAGCUUUACUGUGGGCGUGAAUGAAUUUGCAGACCUGAUUGAAGGUGAAACUCCGUGUGGUUGCAUGAAGAAGACAACACAACCAAAUUAGGAACUGGGAAGUGCUACCGCCAGCCCUAUACACUCAAAAAAAUGUUGUACUUAAAAAAUUCAAUUUAACAAUGUGAACUUAAUUUAGCCAACAUAACAUUGUUGCAUAAAACUAACAGAUUAAUAAAACCAAUACAGACUUGCAUAUGGAA